AUGGCAGGGUCACGGCAUGGAUCAAAGAUGUCGCCUCUCUGCCGAGCUCUUCCGUCCAAGUGCCGUCAACUGUUGCCAAGAAGUGUCCUCGCAAAACUUUUGUGUAUAAAGAACACCGCAACAGACGCUUUCGGAAACCCUGUCCUACUUCGAGAUCGCGGGAUGUGCAAAGAUUGCUCUGUCUGCCCUCGUCGUAUGCCGCAAGCUCGCGCGCGUCCGUCAGCCAGUCUCGCUGGGUUGCACCCUGGUCCGUGCUGCGCAACCAGUCCAAGCCAGUCUGACGGUUGCCGGUCCAGUGACGACUGCGACACAACAGAGGAAAUAAAGAUCUCCUUCCAUGGUCCCUUGAAUUCUACAGAGGUCCACGAGCUGGUGCCACGGUUGCUGGAUUCAGCAAUGGAGGCCAAGAAAGAGAUACAGGUCGAUGCGCCAGAAGAGACUUUGCUUCGAUGGCCUUGUCGCGCCAAUUGUGGUUCGUUUGCCGAGCGUAAGCUGAAAUACAAUGGGGCCUUUCCGACAGCAGUAUUUUGCUCCCAAUGCAGCCAAAAGCGCCGUGACAGCUGGCGUGCCCGGGUUUGCCGGGCAGCGAACUGCCAAAACUACGUGAAGUACCACGUUUUUGAGCUCCAGGUCAUGCACCUUCCCGAGCCGAAGCUUUGCAUUGCAUGCAGCAAGCUGGAAGGUGUGACGUACAAGAUGCAGAAGGGGGGCGAGGAUAUGUGGCGCAUGAAGAAGUGCCAGAAGUGCAGGCAGCAGAUGGAGUUCUAUUUGCCAGACGAACCUGUGGAUUGCAGCGACUGUGCCCAGAAGGCGCCAGUUUCCGGCACGGAAGAAUCGGAAGGAGUUGCUUCGGUGAUAGACUCCAGUGAAGCUGAAGAUUCUGACGAUGAUUGGUCGCUUGUCUCUGAAUCCUUGCCAUCAGUUGCAAAGUAUCUGAGCAAGGAGGAGUGUGAAGAAUGCUCUGCUCAAGUCACCGAGAAAGGCCAGCGGUUCACUUGCCAAUCUGCUAAGCACAGCUUCUGUCUCUGCGGGUCCAAAGGCUGCUUGAAGAAAUUCGAGAAAAAAUGUGAGGAUGCAGCCGGGAAAAGGGGUAAGAGUGGCCAGAAGAAGAUCGACUUCGCGAAGCAUCGAGGUUCUUCGCCUUGCCCUCUUUGCGGUCUGCUCCUCACUGAGGGCCCAGUGAAUUGCGAGCAAGAAUGUGUGAUUUCCGGCACUGGCCCGACUUGCUUCCCUUGGGGCACGCUGCUGAUCGUGCCUGGCCCGGAUGGCGCACUAAAGCCCAUCCAAACCUUCCGUCCGAACGACACGCUCAUCUCAGCACAGGGUCAUUGCGUAAAGGUGAAGGUGAUUGAGCACUCCGAAGAGGGAGACCAGGAGCUGAUUUCCUUGCAGACGGCGAAGGCCAGCCUGUUGGUAACGAAGGGCCAUCGAGUGAUGGUUGAGCGUGGAGACCGCGCACAGCCCCUGCAGGCAGCUGCGAUUCAACUUGGAGACCAUGUUCUGAUCUCGGGAGGGGGCAAAGAGAAGCUGGUAAAGAAGGAGCUCCUGACGAUUCGCACCGUCCUGGUGGAUCUGGAAGUGGCUCCGAACGAGCCUUUGGCGGCGUUUCCACCACUGCCGGAGGCGAUCCAAAGCAUGGGUCGCGAGCAAUCUCGCACAAGACGGGGGCGCAAACCGGCAGGCAACGAGACAGAGAGUUGGGAGAAAGUCAGCAUUCCCAACACAGAUGACGGCUUUUAG